AUGUUUUCGAGAAAUAGGUCGUCUAGAAGCUCCCAUGGCACAGCCUACACGGGCGUGAGUCAAAACACAAACAAUAAGAAUAAACCAAAUUCUGGAGCAUUGGCUGCAGCUUUAACUAUUGGAAAUGCAAUGAAACAGCAAAAUGGUAGCCUGGACAUCCCUCGCUCACAAUCUUUCCAGUAUAGACCACCAAAUCCACAACAAAGGGUCUCAUCUUUGACUAGCUCAAAUGAAAGUCUUUUGAAAAGAGGGUCGAGAUCCAACUUCCAGUCUCCUCAAGCACACGCCGCUCCUCAGAGACGUUUCUCAAAUGGGUCUUUUUCUUCACAAGGAUCGAAUAGAGGUGUCUCGUCAUCUAGCCAGGCUGCAGCUUACUACAAUUCCCAACAUCCGGAAAUUUAUGAUAUUGACGAUAGUUUUAACGAUUCCUAUUUAGAUGAAAUAACCGAGGAAUCUACUCAAGUAUACUUGAACAACAAAGCAAAUAUGCAGGAUCUUAGAUUGCCCACAGCAAAUCUGGGAUCUCAGUCGAGAGCGGCCGCUGCAUCUGCUCCAGUCCGUAUGGUUAAGAAAUACGUACCCAGUCCCACAGGAAUCAAGGUUAUCGAAGUGCCAGAGUCCACUUUCCAGAAGGAGCUAGCAAGAAGUAAUUCCAUGCGAUUGAAUCCAAUUUCCUCGAGGUCUAAUUCAUUGAGAAAUACUGCCAACAAGAAACCGCCCUCAAGGGCCAGCUCGUUAAAUUCUAAACUGCAACAUAGACCGGUUCAACAGGUGAGAAAUGUCAGUACUCCACUGAAAAUGCAAUCCAUGAGCGAAGAUGUCAAUUUGGAAGAUUCGUUGGGUAGGCUAGACACGAAUCAAGCGCAGCAAGCCAAGUUAAGAGCGCUAGAAAAGGAAAUUGAGCAUGAAAAGCAAUUAGCAAAGGAACUUGAACUCAAGCGUUUAGAAUAUCAGAGAUUGAGGGAGCAGAACCUUGCUACUGAGAAAAAACAGAGGGAAAUUGAGGACUUAUCGACAAAGAUCAAUACAGUAGGAAAUAAGAAGGAGUUCUCAAGUACCAGUGAUGAUGACUACAUUCCCAUUAUUGAGAAAACUAAAGCGGUCGAUGAAUUGGAUAAAAAGAAGCUCGAUAAGGAGGAAGUAGGUGAUGACAAGACUGAUGUAUUGGGCGAGAGUUCAAAGGACCACACUCAAAUAGAAAACCAAGUUGGAUCAAAUGAGAUAAUUGCAAGUACUGAGGAAGAGGCUGAUGAUAAAGUGUUGGCUGAAAAUUCACCAGAUGUAGUGGAUCCUGACCACAAGCUUGGUGUAACUUCAUCACCCAGUGAUGAUUACGUCGACCCUCAUCGUGAUACCGUUGACUCUGAUGACAGCUUAGAUGAAGAUCUAGGUAAUGUUAGAGUGGCUGUUGUUGUUGAAAAUUCAGAUGUUGGUGACGAGUCGAUACCUAAGCCACUGCUUGACAACUUGGGUAGUGAUAUCGAGGUUGUAAGUGACUAUGACGACGAGGCUGAAAACAAUCCAAAAUCUUGGGAAACGGAUGAGUCAGAAAGAUUGGAUGCCGAUUCGGAAAUGAGGGUAAUUGCUCAAUACGGAAUGACCUCAACGGACGUUGUUAACGAAGUUUCGGAACCAUCUAGCUCAACUGAUGCAGCUCACUUAGACAACAACGCUGCAGAAAAUGUUACGACGGCGCCACAAAUUUUAGAAUCGCAUGCUGACGAGGAUCGUAACACAGCUACAAUCAAUAGCAAGGUGGAAAGUGCUGACACUUUAUUGCCUCCUGCGGUUGCGACAGCGCUGAGCUCAAAAUCGUCUAUUUAUUCCAAUGACUCGACAAAGAGGCCAAUUAAGUCUGCCAUGAAGUCUUCGAGCUCUUACUCACACCUCCCCCACAAACAAGGUCCUCCUCCAGCGCAACAAAAUAGCAAUGCUGCAAGGCAAGCAUAUUUGUCUUUAACUACAGCUGAGAACACGAGGUUGAAUUCGAAAUUGUCAAACCCACAAUUACCUCCACCCCAAUUUUCCAAUGCAAAGCCGCAUCACCAAGUUGUUGGUAACGAUUUGGCUUACUUGGGUGCUAGUAAUGGUGGCGCAUAUCCUCAGUUCUCGACAUCUCCCCAGUUGCAGAAGCCGCCUACAAAGAGAUUAAGUCAACAAACUUUACGAAAGCAGCAACCUCAACAGCAGCAGUUCCAACAACAACAACAACAACCAACACAGUUUAGAUCAUCAAUGAGGCCCCAAUCGAUGGCUGGACGUCCUGGACAACAGGCGGUACAACCCCAAAAACCCCCAACUAUGAGCAACCGGAGUUUGAGAAACAGUACAUAUGUGCAGCCAAUUGCACCUCAUCCUGCUUUACAAAAGAAUUAUGUUUCUCCAGCCAAAGUGAAGGCUGCUGAUCUCUAUGCAAAGGCCCAAGCAAGACCAUAUUCUGACUUUAAACCCUUGAAGAAGAAAUCAUCAUUUUCGAAGGAAUCUGGAGAUGACGUCCCUCCUAGAAGCCCAAGCAGAGGUCAAAACCCUGUUUCGCAAUCAAAGCCCCAACCAAGAACGACGUUGAGAGACCUUGCUGAUCCUUCAACCGUGCAAAACACUGACAGCCAAAAGCUAGCUGUUGAUCAAAAUGCAAGUAAUGGACAAACUGGCCGCGGUGGGUUCACUUCAAGGUUUGGCGACUCUGAUGAUGACCUACCAUUGAGGAAUGGAACAGCCGAUAACAGGGGAUUUAAGUCGAGGUUUAAUGACUCGGAUGAAAAUCUUCCAAGAAUGGCAACGCCAGCUGCCCAGUCAUCGCCUCAAAAACAACCAGGGUUUGCUACAAUGAGGGCGGAACCUCCAAAUGAGGUGCAGGCUGAAGCACCAAAGGAGAAGAAGAAGAAGUUUGGAGGUAAAUUGAGAAAGUUGUUUCAAUCCAAGAAUUAG